GUUUGAUUUCCUGUCAAUCUACAAUCGUCCACCGCCUUUUAUUUUAGAUCAUUUUUAGAUUUUUUUUCGAUUGGCCCAGAAUCAUGACGGAAUUCGAGACUCUUGUCAAUCCGCCACAGGAGGUUUUCGAGCAAAUUGUGAAGCUGACCAGUGACACCGAAGACUGGGCUUUCCAGCUUAAUGACUACAAUUUUUGGUCGACAAAUUUCGAUCAGUUCUGGUUGGUUACUGUAGUGGAAAAGGGAACAACAAAUUUGGCAGCCUCCGUCUCGCUGGCUCGUUGGGAUGGGGAAGAUGGACCCCUUUUCUCAAUUGGAAUGUUCUACUGCGUUCAGAAGUACCGUGGUCAAGGUCUCGGAAAACCGAUUUUCCAGAAGGUUAUGGAUAUUGUUGGCGAUCAUAAUGCAACUUUAACUGGAGUGGUAAAAAUGUCUGACAAGUACGCAGCCGAUUUUGGAUUCGAUAAAGUACCGGAGCACUGGCACAUGUUUAGCUCUUUGAAAUUGGAAAACGUUGUGAUUCCUGAGAAGGUGUCUGAAAAGUUUAUAACCAAGUUGUGGUCUGAGGUGGACUACGAAGCCCUCACAGCCUAUGAUAGGACCAUUUGCACUCGUGACAGGAAGAAGAUUAUGACUGCCUGGUUCAAUUUGGCAGAUACUUUUAGUAGGGUUGUCCUUGACGAAUCUGGCAAAAUCGUUGGGUACGCAACCAUCCGACUUGUCACUAAAAACAAGCUGAGCCCUGCUCCAUUCUACGCAGAUACUCCUGAAGCCGCCGAGGUCUUGCUGGCUGAUCUUUUGAAGAGUAUUCCCAACUGGGAGAAGCACUCUAGCAUGGGGUUCCUGUACCCCGAAAUUAAUAAGGACCCGCUUGAGCUUCUGGAAAAAUUCGCCAAAAGCAAGGAACUUGUAUCAACUAGCCGCUUUGUCCGAAGUCAAUUCACCAAGAAGCUGAUUCCAACCCCCGACGAGAAGGUCUAUUCACUGGCGGAUUGUGCUCACCAGUUUGUUUAAAUUAUUGUCAUUUGUUAACAUUAAUAAAUAGUAUAUUGAAAAA